UGAAAUGUUUGCUGGUGUUGCACCGUAAUGUGAAUUAUAAGUGAAAAAAAUUAUUAUAGAAAUCAACGACACUAUUUUAAUUUUGGUACAGUUGAACUAGCUUAAUGAAAUGUCACAAAACGAGAAAGGAGAAAUAGACAAUUUCAAGUCGACGGCUGAUCUAUGCAGUAACCCAGGGUUCCAGUCAUCUCUCAGCGUCGCCUCUAAAGAUGUCAUCAAUGAUAAGCCAUACAAUCCAUUCGAGAAUAGACAAGUGGAACAUCCUACGUCAACAAUUGGAGCCGUAGUCCACCUGCUUAAGGCAUGCCUCGGUACUGGAGUACUGGCCAUGCCAUCUGGAUUUAAAAAUGCGGGCUUGGCUGCCGGAGUAAUUGGAACUAUACUAGCUGGAUUCUUCUGCACUAAUACAGUCCAGAUGGUGGUAGAAACGUCUCAGCGUGUGUGCGUCGAUGCUAAAAAGCCUUCAAUGAGUUUUGCGGAGACUUGCGGUGCUGCCUUUGCUUAUGGACCAAAAAGAGCCAAACCUUGGGCAAACUUCGUAAGAACACUUAUUGAUUAUUCACUCGCAGUCACAUACUUGAGUGUUUUAUGCGUUUAUGUCGUAUUUAUUGGAUCAUCGGUUAAGGAGGUCUUGGAUUUCUACUACCCCGAAAUGAUAUUAUCCAUACAGACUUACUGCGUGCUGACCUUAGUUCCGCUCGUACUGAUCUGUCAAAUACGCAAUCUGAAAUUCCUGGUACCAAUAUCUUUGCUUGCAAACAUUUUAAUUGUGGUUGUGUUCUGUAUAACACUGUACUACGUGUUUACGGACCUGCCUCCAGUUAGCGAGAGGGAAAUGGUAGCAAGUAUUAGCCAGUGGCCUUUGUUCUUGAGUACCGUUAUAUUCGCAAUGGAAGGUAUCGGUGUAGUGAUGCCUGUGGAGAAUGAAAUGAAAAGCCCGCAGAAAUUUUUGGGAUGCCCUGGAGUAUGGAAUGUCGCCAUGAUAAUCGUUAUCUCAUUGUAUGGAGUGGUCGGCUUCUUUGGUUAUCUGCAGUUCGGAAAUGACGCUAAAGGAAGUAUCACCUUGAACUUGCCCGAAGACGAUAUGAUUGCUCAGGGCACGAAACUUUUAAUGGCUCUUGUGAUUUACUUUUCGUAUGCUCUACAAUUUUACGUUCCAAUGGAGUUCAUUAAUAGACUCUUGAAUAAAAGGAGCUCGAAGAAGUACGAGAAUGUCAUACAAGUCAGCAUAAGGACCGCUAUUGUGAUUGCUACGGUUGGCUUUGCCGUUGCGUUUCCAAACUUAGAGCUGGUAAUCAGUUUCGUCGGAGCCAUUUUCUUCUCAAGUCUCGGCCUGCUUGUUCCAGCGGUAAUCCACACUGUUUAUAAUUGGGACAAAGACUUAGGAAAGUUUAACUAUGUGUUGUACAAAAAUAUUAUCAUCGGGGUGGUAUCUAUCAUUGCUCUUGUGUCUGGUUCGUACGUGUCUGUCGUUGGUAUGAUUGAAGACCUCACUAGUGACGGCCAUGUUGAGGACAAUAGUACAUUGACGUACUGAGAAAACAAUAUUUGAUAAAAUAGCAGUUAAUUUUUGAUGGAAUUCCAUCGCGAGGAAUAGUAAUGGGUGCAAUGGAAUUUAUGACAACUUUAAAUGUUUUCACAUUUAUAAAGUGAAUUGUGCUAUUGUGUUGUUGGUUAAGUAGUUCUAAGAAAACAAGGAUUAGCUUAAGAAAAAUAGACACAUCUUUUGAACAAAGGCGCUCCAAUAGACCUCUCAGAUUGAUACAAUUUGUAUCGUUUUAAUAAAAAUAGUAUUCAUCGGUCGAGUGUUCAUUACUCUGUUAUAACCACAGAACAGGUAAAUAACAUUAGAGUGGCCAUCAAGCGUAAUUUGUAUGGGAACAACUGUCGCCUUUACUACACUAUACUUGACGCCCUAGUCAAAUAAACACAAGCAUUCGCACAUAUAUUUAACCACUAAUGCAGCCCUAUAAUUGGUCAACACAUAGAUAAUUGGCAUACAGGCGCCUAUGAAGUUUCAUAUUUUUUUAGUUAAACUGUCAUACCGAUAAUAUUAUACUGUCUAUUUAAACUCUUCUGUGGUUAUAACCUCUAUUACUCACUGCUCGAUUCUGUAGGUACGUGUUUAAAUCAUGGCAACCCCUGCUUUCGGCCAUUGUUUAACUGACGACCACGGUUUAUCGUAAAUAGUAAUAUAAAACUUCAAUUUUAUAUUAAAAUUAUAAGAAAAAAACAGAAAACUACAAAUUAUCAACAAAAAUAUACCUGUUUGUUGCGGCUGACUGGCAACCAUAUUUUUUUCAAUUCUUGUCAUGAUUUCCUUUAAAAUGGCGUACAAUUUAUUAAUAAAAUAUAUUGGUGCAAUUAACAUAAGUAAAUUAAUUAUACUAAAAUAAAUUACAGGUACUUGAGGCCAAUUUUUUUAUGGGCAACCUAUCGCUAAUACAUACUCCCUAAACAUUCAUUUAAAAUUAUUAACUUCAUCAAUAAAACACAUACCUGCAGAUUCGAGCGGUGGUAUCUUACUGCUGUUCCCAUUAUACUAUCUACAGGUAGAGAUAAGUUACUACCUUCAAUUGUCAGUAAUUAGCUGUCAAUAAUUUGAAGCUGUCCCAAUAUACCCGAUAAGUCAUUCUUAUUGCCUUAUAUUGGGACGCGUGAAUUGCAAUUUCCAUACAAACUUCCAUCACUGGUAAGCUAUACGUCAUUCCAUUGACAGACAGCGUGUACGGAUGAGGUUAGUUACCGUCGAUAAGUUUAUUAGGACUGAGAAGUCAACGAUAGUUACGUCUCAAGUAGACCACAAUCGGAGAGAGACUGAAUAUUGGGAAUGGCCGUUAGGCUACUCAGAGACCUGCCGGAAUACGGGCCUAAUAUUUCAUCACUACUGCAAAAAAAAAUAAAAA